AUGAUUUUAACGUUUUCAAGAAAGUCUGUCUCACAGAAACUGAGUAUUUUACUCCUUGCUUUUGGAUUCGUCUGGGGACUGAUGUUGCUGCGCUACACGUUCCAGUAUCCGAGACACCAGAGCAGCGAGGAGCUCAGAGAUGAAAUAUUAGACUUGAGCAGAAGAUAUGUCAAAGCUUUGGCUGAGGAGAACAAAGAUCUAAUGAAUGGUGGAAAUGGAGGCUCCAUGGCAGGAUAUGCUGACUUGAAGAGAACAAUUGCUGUCCUUUUGGAUGAUAUUCUACAGCGGCUUGGAAAGCUAGAGAACAAAAUUGACUACUUUGUAGUGAACGGAUCAUCCAAUAAUAGCACCAAUAGCACUGGUGGAAAUCCUGUCCCACUAACUACAAGUAAACGUGUGAAUACGUCCGCAAACAAGAGAUAGCAAGAGAGUGCCAUUCUGGUUAUUUCAUCAGGCUGAGUACAUCUUUACGUGCUACGAAAUUGGCAUUUCUGGCUAGAUCUGUGCUUUAUUUUGGUUUGCCAAGUAAGCAGCUAUAGCAUAUAAUGCAAUACUCAACUGUUUUAUCGGCGGCACUAUAAGAACGCAGAGAAUAUCGGCCAUUUUAAGUUUAUAAUAUUUUAUUUUUCCCCCUUAUCUUUAAAGUAAGUUUUCUAGAAGUGAGUUUGGAAGCAUUGUCCUAGAGAUUAUAACCUUAGUACUCUAAAUUAAAAACAAAAACCUAUAAUAUAAAUAAUAUACUAGAAUAUUAUAUUUUGCAACAUCGAAAAAUUUAUGUUUGAGCUGGAGGUUUGACCCAAAGAAUGUAUUUAUUUGCACUAUUUGUUAGUAAGACUGUAUAUUCAUUGCUGUAAAUAAGAUUAUUUAUGCAGACGCUUGACAAAAAACAUAAACAUACUACAAUUAUUCCAAUGGUUAUUGCUGGGUUGAGGAUAUUAUUUGAAACCUCAAAAACAUACAAGAAAUCACCCUCAGUUCUGUGUAUAGUUUCUAUGAUUUAAGUCCUUAUAGGAAAAGUUUGCAGUUUUUAUGGAAACAAAAACCUACUUGAAUUGAAGAGUUGUUUGUGAAAGAGAAAUUUUAUUUCCCUCCCUAAGUGAUAGAUCGACAGAUUUCCUGAGGCAGUUGUGUUGGCCUUCCAUGUACAGAAAUUGUACUUGGAAACACUUAGGGGCAGAUGUAUUAAGGGUUGAAUUGAAAAUUAUAAUUAUAUAUUUUUUUAUGGUCAAAUCUCUCAAAUUGGAAUGGUGAAUUUUCCAAACUCGAUUCAAGUUUUUAAUUAAAAUUUCUAGAUUUAUCAUACUCUGGCCCUUUAAAAACUCAUGGUCAUAAAUAGUCAAACUGAGAUAGAACAACUGUGGCAGAUGAUAAAAUUCCUGAUUGGCAUUUGUACAUUCGCUAGUCGUUAGCCGAUUGAUUCCUUUUCCUUAUAAACAAUCUCAUCUCCAAGAUGCGCUAUUGUUCUCGUUCCUAAACUAUGGGGGUUAUGUAAUAAAAGGCACUAAGUUUGCCCAGUAGCAGUAACCCAUAGCAACCAAUCAGCAGGUAGCAUUUACUGGUCACCUGUUUAAAAGCAAUCAUCUUAUUGGUUGCUAUGGGUUACUGCUCCUGGGCAAACAUAGUGCCUUUUUUUACAUGGGCAAUGAGUCUUAUCACGGUUCAUCUUUUAAACAAUCACAUCUUCACUUAAGAGCUGUGGCAAGCUAUGCUGUUGUUUUUCCCUACACUAGAAAAAUGCUGGCAGACAAAAGGCAGAUAUGGGCUGAAACCAAUGCAAUGUGUGCAUCAACAGGUGAGCAAUCUGCCUGUCACUGCCCACACGGUGGAUUUCGGGCAGAAAAAGAUGGUGUGCAUUUUCUGUGCACAGGCAUAUUCAAUGUACCUGUCUUUUCAGAUAUGGUGGC